AUGAAAGAAAAUGAGCAAGAAAUAACAUUGGAUAACAACUCUGAGAAGGCUAAAUGGGAUGCAGAAUCUACAGAACUAUUUUUAAAUAUAUGUGUGGAAGAAAUUUUAGCAGGAAAUCGUCCUGGAAUUCACUUCAGUAGAUUAGGAUGGUCUAAUCUGGUGCAAAAGUUUAAUGACAAAAUCGGAAGAAACUAUGAUAAAGUUAAGUUGAAGAACAAAUGGGACAACCUCAAAGGUACAUGGAAAGAAUGGGAUACUUUAGUUGGAAAAGAGACUGGUUUAGGAUGGGAUCCCAAUAAAAAAAUAAUUCAAGCGAGUGUAGAUUGGUGGGAUAGGAAAAUAAAGGAAAAUUCAAAUGUAGAGAAAUUUAGAGAGAAAGGUUUACAACAUCGACAACUGAUGGAAUAUUGUUUUAAGGAUGUUGUUGCAAUCGGUGAACAUGCGUGGGCACCGUCAUCUGGAGUGUUACCAGAUGGUAUACAAGGAAGUAGUUGGUUUCAACCAGAACAACCAUUUGAGUUUGGAACUCCUGUAGACAAUGAAGAGUUUAUGAAUAUUGAUGGCAUAGAAAAGAAUACGGAAAAAGGAUUCGAACAAACUAAUCCAGAAGAAUCGAAUGUGAUUGAAAAAGUGCGUGGUAGUGAAAGUGGAGAGAGAAGAAAAAGAAAAGCAUCAACUGCUAUAAAUGAAAAGGAGAAAAAUAAAUUCAAUACCAGUCUAAGAAUUACAUCAUCAAUAGAGAAAAUUGCUGAAGCAAUACAAUCACGCUCUUAA